CCGAACUUUACUCACAAGCGACAACCUUGCUGUAAAUCUCACCCGCCUCUGGCUCUGCUUGAAACUCAUGGUGAAAAAACCUCUAGUGCCCGCUUCGUCGCCCAUAAAAAGACUUAAACUUUCACCUUAUGAUGAAUUAGAAUACAUAUAUCUCCGAGGUUUUUAACCAUUAGGAAGCACGGUGCGUUUCCUUUUUUCCGAAACGUUUGGAUACAGAAGCGAUUCAAAACCGGUUCGAAACAUUUUGGGGGCUGUUUUGAUCCUUUAAAAGAAAGAUGAAAUGCUUUUCUGAAUUAGGUUAAAAAGGGGAAUAUAAUUUUACAGAGUAACCUAACCUUCUCCUUUCCGUUCUAGUUGUCGACUCCAUCUCCGUCUCCGGCGUCUCGAUGUCUCGGCAAACUGAUCUUCUAUUCGUCAGUUCUUUGACGACCUGUUCGGCUUCAUCAGUGCAUCGACAGCGUGAACUCCCGUCCUCUCCGGCGUCUCUAAAUCUCGGCGAAGUCUAGAACAGCCGUCUUCAUCAUUGCAUCUAAUGUGAUUAUUUGAAGCUGACGCUAUAUUUUCAUUUAGAAGAUUUUGCAAGGAGUAUUCUUGGUUCAGAUUUGACCUAAGGGUUUUGUUUAUGUGAUGGAGUGGAACUCUUUCGAAGAUUAAUACUGCAGGUGAUUCAGGUUGGAUAGUUGACGAUUGCUUGAUGAUUUAACAUUGGUUAGGUCAUUUAAGAGAAGGCGCAUUUUAUCUGAAAAUCUUUAGUUAAAUUCUUCUAGUGCUAUGGCUUCAAAGAAAACCUUUAACAAGAAUGAUAAGGCUCCUGUGAAAGUUGCAGCAGUUGCUUCAGAUUAUGAGAAGCUUUGGAACGAUAAGGUACAGUUUGUUGAUGCAGACAAUACAGGUGGGAUAGUUAAUCAGGAAGAGUUUGAUUUCAUUUCCAAUUUGAAGUUGACUAGGCAACGACAGAGAAGAAGUAUAGCAUCUGAAAAUCCUUUGGUAAAUUCUUGUAGCAAUGAGGGCGCAAAGAAUGCCAUAAAAAAGAGUAAUGAGAAUAAUGAGGCUCUUAUGGAAGCUGUAAAGGUUGAUUCAAAUUAUAGGGAGUUUCUCAAUUAUAUGGUGCAGUGUGUUGGUGUAGAUAGUGAUGAUGAUAAAGAUGAGUGGUGUUUGGCUAAUGUUAAUGAUGAUGAUAAUGAUGAUGACCAUGUUUGUGAGGUUUUAGAUGCACAAUAUAUGAUGUUCUUGGACAACUUAAAAGAAGAAGGAAGAUCAUAUGUGCUUAAACAUGCUCUGAGUAAUGGAACUUCAGUAGUUGUGAAGUAUGAGGAAGAAUAUGAUUUACAUACUGGACUUGGCACUGGGAAUUUGGAAAUUUUGAAGGAUUGUCACAAUAUAGAGAAUGUUAAUACAGAAAAUUUUUUGAGGUUUCAGUUAGAGAGAGAAAAGAUCAUGAGCCCCAGAAGGAUUUUGAGGAGUAAUUUGGGCAAAAGAAAGAAUGAGAGCUCAAGAAAGGUUUUGAGAAAUAAUCCAGUGACAAAUAAGAUCAAGAGCUCUAAAACAGUUUUGAGGAAUAGCUCAAGGUGGAGAAAGACUAAGCAAGCAAGAAAAACUUCGAAGAGUGGCUCCGUAAGACAAGAUAACAAGAGCUUGAGUUUGAAGGAGGCAUUGAAUGUAGAAAAGACUGAGAGCCUCAGAACUUUGAGUAUUAAUCCAGUAGGAGAAAUUAGCAAGAGUCCUAGUAUUUUGAAUGAUGCACUGAAGAGAGAAAAGAUAGGGAGGCUUGCAACCCUAAGGAGUAAUCCAUGGGGAGAAAAGAACAAAAGUCGAAGUAUUAUGAAUGAUGCAGUGAGCAUAGAAACAACAGAUGGCCUUGAAACUUUGAGGAGCAAUCCUCUAGGAGAAAAUAGCAAGAGUCUGACUAUUUUGAAUGAUGAAGAGAAGAGAGGAAAGACUGAGAGCCUUAGAACUAGGUGGAGUAAUCCACAGGGAGAAAAAAGCAGGAGUCCAAUUAUUUUGCAUGAUGUGGUGAAGGGAGGAAAGACUGAGAUCAGUAGAACUUUAAGAAAUGGUUCAAGGAGUGAAAGCAUGAGAACUCAAAAAAUUUUAAGGGAUGAUCAUUCUAUUGAUAAAAAGAGUCCAGUGGCUGAGACGAAUUGGAAAAUGAAAAUUAAAAAUCCUGUUUCUUGUCCAGCAAAUGGUUGUACAAUCAAAAGGCAUAGCCUGGAGGGUACUCAUUUGGCUAAGCAGAGAUUCAACCUUGGUAUUAAGUCAAAUCUUGUUGAUGAAAGCUAUCAAUUAUAUUUGGAUUUUUUGAAGAAACAUGAUAGACGUCUGUUAUAUGCACCUGUAGGUGGUAAAGAAAUGGUUCAAUUUAGGGAUGAUGAGACUGAUUCAGAAGUUGUUGUUUUGGAUGAUCCUUUUUUCACAGGAGAUAAUACUCCAUUUAUAUCAUCAAGAGCACGUGUUCAUGUUGAUGAGGAUAGUGAAGGAUUUAUUGAAAAUAAUGACUCUCAAUUCAGAGAUGGACUUCUGGAAAUUCUUCUAAAGCCUUAUGACUUCACAGAGUAUGCUCGUUUGCAAAUUGAAAGCAGAUCCUAUCUUCGAAUGCAUGAUGAUUUUGCAGAAGUAAUACGUCAGGCACGACAUGAUCGACGUAAAAUUUUGAAUCUGUUGCGUGGAUUUUUCUAUUGGUUGCAGUAUAUGCAUUCAGAAGGAGCAUUUAUGCCUUGGUUGGACUCAAAUUGCCUAAGCAUUUUACCUCCAGAUGACUACUAGACUUCUUUCUGAAGAAUAAUGCAACAUCUGGAAAUCCCAAAGCAAAACAUGCAGUGGAGCAAUUGCGCUAUUUGAUACUGACAACUACAACAUUGUGCAUAACAAACUUCUGAAUUGAAAUUUACCUCAUAGUGAUCCACAAGCUCCUGGAAGCACACAAAGACCUUGUAGACGCUUUCAUCAGUCCAUACAAACUCUUUCGUGGGAUCCAAAAUAAGUCUUGCUGUUGUGCUGAGAUAGAAUACAACCUUCUCUUUGAUUGUUCUUUUUUCCCUCCGAUCCAUCCCAACGAGGAGAAUUUUGUAGAAGCCAUGGAAAUGGAAGUUGCAGCCAUGAUAUAUUACUCUAGUGCCUUUGUAGUCCUGGGCAAUAUACCUGGUUUUCUUUAAGUCCAGAAGAACUGGGUCCAUGUAUUUUGUGGAUAAGAUUAUUUUUUAUUGAUUGAGUUGAGUGUGUGGUUAAUAUACAAGGACAUUUGGCUGCCCUUGUGCACGCUAUUGAAACAAAUACUAACUUGUUUGUUCUUGAUUUCUUUUACGUUUAUCCAUGUCCAUUUACUUUUGAUCA